ACCAAAAGUUUCUGUACUUAACCUCACUUUCGGCGUCUUGUUUACAAUUCAAAAUGUUGAUUAAAUCGUUCUACAAUUCUAUUCUAAACUUAACUUUCACACCAUGCGGCAACUAUUUGGUAUCUGGAGACAUUUAUGGACAAAUAACCGUAUUUAAUUUGUAUCGACUUAUGAAUCCCGACCUUAAUGGACCAAAUCUCGAUACAAAGCCCCACAAUUCAUUCACGGUGCAGGAAGAUGUGCAAAUUAACAGUAUUCUGGCGACGGAAUCAUUUUUAAUCGUCGGAGUAGUUGGUGAAAUAUUUGGAUACACUUGGAAGGUUGUGAAGAACAGCAAAGACGGAAAGGUGGCGUGGAAGAUCGAAUUGCCAUACAGCGAGGUGUUGAGCAAACCUGACGUUAACUGUAUGGUGGCUAAAGAUGGAUUGUUAUACGCUGGUUGUGGCGACAAUAAAAUUUACGUUAUCAACUUGGAAGGGGGCCAUAUUAUACGAACUCUAGUAGAACAUAGCGAUUACAUUCAUAGUAUUUUUAAUGCUGGAGACGAACUGGCUUCAGGCGGCGAGGAUGGAGUGGUUAACAUUUGGGAUAUACGUGACAAAGAAGUCACUUUCAAAAUAGAACCAUAUAAGAAUGACGGAAUAGCCCGAAAUAAUUUGGGUAAAUGGAUUGGGGCAGUGUCGAUUAGCGAUGAUUGGCUGUUGUGUGGAGGUGGUCCGAAGUUAUCUCUAUGGCAUUUUCGUUGCAUGUCUCCUGCAACAAUUUUCCCAAUUAACGACCAAGGUAUUCAUUAUGCAGAAAUUGUAGGCGAUAAGCUUUUAGCUGGUGGUCGGGCGAACCAUUUUUAUAAUAUGGCGUUCAAUGGCGAUGUUGUUUCACAAAUACCGACCUCAUCGCUUACUGUAUUUACUGCUGCACACCAAGAGAACCCUUACAGAGCAAUGUGUAUGGCUGGUUCUAGUCCUAAAAUUGAUAUUUGUAGUAAUUUUAACUAUAGAGAUCAAGUGCUUACUUUAGAAUAAUGUUUGACUUACAAUUAAUAAACUAUUUUUAAUAA